AUGGGGCCCCCUACUGACCCCGGGCCCUCGGGCAGUGCCCGAGUUUCCAAAUGGUCAGUCUGCCCCUGUUGCCUUAUGUCAGUGCUCAUCAGUGCCUCGUGCCAUUGCCCAUCAGUGCCACAUCAGUGCCACAUAUCAGUGCCUACCAGUGCACAUCACUGCCACAUAUCAGUGCCCAUCUGAGCUGCCUUUCAGUGUCACCCAUCAGUACCAGUCAGUGCCACCUAUCAAUGCCAAUCAGUGCCACCUAUAAGUGCUGCAAAUCAGUGCCACCUAUCAGAGCCAGUCAGUGCUGCCUAUCAGUGUGCAUCAGUGCCACCUGUGAAUGCCUGUCAGUGCCGCCUAACAGUGCCAGUCAGUGCUGCCUAUCAGUGCCAGUCAGUGCCACCUAUCAGUGCUGCCUAUCAGUGCCAUAUAUCAGUGCCAUGUAUCAGUGCUGCCUUUCAGUGCCCAUCAGUGAUGCCUAUCAAUGCCCAUCAGUGCCACCUACCAGUGCCUCCUCAUCAGUGCCCAUCAGUGUCACCUGUCAGUGUCCAUCAGUGCAGCCUAUCAGUGCCCAUCAGUGCAGCCUCAUUAGCGCACAUCAGUGAAGGAGAAAAAUCACUUAUUUACAACAUUUUAUGACAAAAACUAAGAAAAAUAUUUUUAAAAAAAAAUUUUCAGUGGUUUUUGGUUUGUUUAGGAAAAAAUAA